AGCCAAGCCGCAAGCCCACGAUUUUCAACAUACUAAUAAUCUGCUUAAAAGUCUAACACAUGAAUUCGACCCACUGCGACUUAUCCUCCUCCAGAGUUCAAGCUAAGUAUCUGACCAACCAAAGCCGAGCAUUCCCGAAUCUCCUCACUGUUCCUCGGUCGUUCUUUUUUCAAGGCAACGGGCACAGAUCAGAUCAUCAUGUUACAAUUCAUUAAGCUGGUGGCGAAUAGCGCCCACAGCAACCGUUUAAAGUAACAGGACACGAGGAAGCGCAUUGAUACCCUGUUAUAUCACAGCGGACGAAAUCUUUUCGGAGUAAACCAUCUCCCUUCCUACCAAUGGGCAAGUUCAAGGGCUUCUGGAGUUUCUUGAGCGAGCAAGGACGAGACCUUCCCCUUCCAAGAGAGUUGGUGGACGGGAAGACGCUCGUCUUAACUGGAGCGAAUGUUGGAUUAGGAAUCGAGGCAUCGACCCAUUUCGCGAACAAGAAGCCCAGCUUGCUUAUCGCGACAUGUAGAGACACAGUGAAGUGCGAGCAGACACUGGAAGUUCUCCGCAAACGCUGCACUGGAACUCAACCAUCCAGUCUCGAUUCAUGGCCGCUGGAACUGUCUUCUUUUGACAAUGUCCGCUCUUUUGUUGACAGGUUCGGUGCAGAAGGGCCGGAACGCCUGAAUAUCCUCGUCGCCAACGCGGGUACGUUCACGCCGGUUUAUGCCCGAACCCAAGAUAAUUGGGAAGUAAUAUUGCAAGUCAACUAUCUCUCAAUCGCCCUUUUGAGCAUUCUCCUUCUGCCUCAUCUGCUCCGUUCGGCAACCUCUGAUGAUCCAUCACGAUUGGUCUUAGUGUCAAGUUUGGGACAUUAUCUUGCGGGACCCAUGUUGACAGGUUCACAAAAUUGGGACCACGUAUUAGGGGCUAUUAAUGCGGAGAACUUUGGGGUGUCGGGGGCAUCCAGGUACAACCUAUCGAAGUUGCUCCAGGUCGCAUUCGUGCGCGAACUUUCUGCCCGGCUUCCUUCUCCCACUCCACUAGUUGUCACUACCGUUGACCCGGGAUUCUGCCACUCUUCCCUACAACGGGAACUUGAAAAGUACUGGCUCUUACGUAUGGUUCUUGGAUUCGUGAAGUGGCUUCUUCGCGCAAGAACCUCGGAAAUGGGCAGUCGCAAUCUUGUCUAUGCAGCUCUAGCGACAAAUGCGCAGGCUAUGCACGGGAAGUAUAUGUCAAGUUGCGAGGUCGUCGAGGAAUGUGAUUACCUGUUGAGUGCUGAGGGCAAAGCGUUCUCUGAGAGACUUUGGGGGGAGACCAUCGAGGUUUUAUCGAACGUAGAUGGUCGCGUGUCUCAGAUCGUGAGCUCUUACUUGCCGGCUAGGUAGUACCCAGGUCCUGUCACAAUAAAGCGAAUGGCAGCCCUUUUGUCUUAUCUGUCGAGUGGC